AUCAAAGUAAUGUGCCAAUGUUGUUCGCACUCGUCCUGCUCGCUACUGUCUUCACCUCUCUUUCUGCCUGCCCAUCUGUCUGCUUGUGCAGUGAUGACGGUAAAACCGACUGCUCGAACAGAGGAUUGACUGAAGUGCCAGCAGAUGUCCCUCCUACAACCACGUUCCUUGAUUUGCGCGGAAAUGCUCUUGAAGUGCUUGAACAAUCGAGUUUUGCGGGGCUCGAAGACAGUCUCAUCCACUUAGACCUCUCCCGAAAUAACAUCCGUGCCAUAGACAGAGAUGCGUUCCGAUCGCUCAAACGACUCCGAACUUUAAAUCUCCGAAAGAAUCACCUUCGCUCCGUUCCAAAAGGCCUCGAUGAAAUUCAGCUGCUGAGACUUGACCUUCGACUCAACCUGAUCUCUACCGUCGUCUCAUCUGACCUUGUUUCUUUAUUGCGAGUACGGCACGUCGAUCUCUCAAGAAAUUUCAUCAAAGAAUGGCCGAAGCCGAAACAGCAGAACACAAAUUUCACGUCUGUCAUCGAAAAACUGGACCUGGCAUCCAAUCUCCUUUCAUACCUCCCUUCUGGAAUAUUUUCAUCGAUGAUCUCACUGCAAUGGAUCAGACUAUCCAAGAACAAAAUAAAGUCUAUAGAAAGUCACGCCUUUCGACAGCUGGACUUCCUGACAACGAUUGAUCUGUCAAAAAAUCUUAUUCGCUCCGUGUCAUCGUUGGCGUUCCACAACUUGCGAUCCUUGGUCAACCUGUCCCUGGCUAAAAACGAAAUAUCUAGACUCGAAGAUGGGGUGUUCUUCGGUUGCGGUUCAUUGGCUCAGCUCAAUAUCUCGCGAAAUCAUGUGCGAGCAAUCUCGGAUGAGUGGCUUUUCGGAUUGUCAGGUCUACAUCAGUUAGAUCUGUCACACAAUCAUAUUUCGUCAUUCGAUGCUAAUGCUUGGAAGCAGUGUCCGGAUUUGAGGUGGCUGUCUCUGCAUAACAAUCAGCUACAGUUCUUACCUUCUGGUGCUUUCCGUCUCCUCACCCGUCUGGAAUUUCUUGGUCUGUCUGCAAAUUCAAUCGAGUCCUUCCACAAGACAGCAAUGGCAGGAUUAGACCAACUGAACGAGUUGGACCUCUCGUCAAACUCUCUGGCUGUUUGUUUGGAGGACAACGCAAUGCUAUACAAUACAUCCAUGCCUUUCCUGAAGUCGCUAAAAUUUAGAAAUAAUCAGAUCCGGGUAAUACCAACAAGAGCUUUUGAACGUUUCCCUGCACUGGAAUAUCUUGAUCUUGCCGAUAAUCCGAUCACCACAAUUCAUCAAGGAGCUUUUGCACCACUUCAGCUCCGCGAAUUAUACCUCGACACCUCAUCGCUGCUCUGCGACUGCCACCUUGCCUGGUUUUCCUCAUGGUUCGUCUCAUCGAAGCUCUCACGUCGUACAGUACACACCCGAUGCGCCCACCCAUUGCCACUCAGCGGCAUUGACGUAUUCGCUAUCGAUGCGAGCAAUCUCACAUGCGUGGAUGACUCUCCUCGUGCACACAUCAUCGAGCAGCCAGCAACGAGUGUCACCACUCUAGUGGGAGGACAAGCCCGUUUCACAUGCUCAGGAUACGGUCAUGCACCACUGCAAGUCGAGUGGCGAGUCAUUGAAAAAGGUCGACCGCGUACUUUGGCUCCAGAUUCAACAACUCUAAUGAGUGUCAAUAGCAGUUCUAUUGUUAAUGGAACUAUAAACGGGCAGGAGAUGGUUAGCGCUGAACUGUUGCUUUUGGAUGUGUCACUUCAAGAUGGGGCUGAGUAUCAGUGUGUAGUUAGGAAUCGCUUUGCUGCCGAGCAUAGCAUUCGGUCACAAUUGAAGGUUUUCCAAGUGCCAGUAUUUUCAAGUGAACCGGACGAUAUGUCAUUGCUUGUGGGACAAAAUGCCAGGAUAAUGUGCGCUGCGACAGGAAUACCACCCCCUGUGAUCAAAUGGUCGAAAGAUGGAGGAGCAGCUUUUCCAGCCGCUUUGCAGCAUCGUCUCUUUGUACGACCCAAUGACGAUCAUCUCUAUGUGGUUAAUGUUACCACCGAGGAUCAGGGAGUUUACACAUGUCAUGCAGUCAACGAAGCUGGCUCAAUCCAAGCUAGCGCAACAUUGAGGAUUUUUGAAAAUUCUUUCAAUGUCACAUUGAAAGACACCGUAAUCAACGUCAAUGAAACUCUCCUACUCGACUGCUACGCCGGCUUGUCUCAUCCAUCACAGCGUAUGGAAUGGACCUUGAAUGGCGAGCCACUAUUUGUAGAUGGAGAUCGUGUGUCACUGAAAGCACAAGGACAAAUUCUAGCCAUCAGAAAGGUGCAAAUGGAAGACUAUGGUGAGUACGCCUGCGAACUCUGGGCCGGUAACGAUCAGUUGGCCAGACAAGUGGCUACGGUGACGAUUAUCGGGCAAGACGGGGUCAAGAUCGAACCGAAAUUGAAGCGCAAGUACAAUUUCCGACCAUCAGCUGUUUUGCUUACUCUCGUGCUGUCAAUCACGCUACUGUUUGCGACAGUAGCAUGUUGUGUUGGAUUCGGACGCAUAUGGAGCAGUAGAAAAGUUAGAGACCGGCCAGAACCCGUGUAGUCACUGAGAGGGGCGCAGGGCAGUUCGGAGACCAGCAAAAGGAGAACAGCGGAGUUUUUGACCGUUCUUGGGAAUCCACCUCCUCGAUGCCGAUCAACUCAGAAUCAGCUAACAUCUGAUGAGUGGUGGAACUAUUGAUUAUAUGUUCGGUACACUCAGUUCUCACAUGUUAGAUACUAGGAAUCUACUGAAAUCACUUUUUUGCACAAAUUAUGCAUAUUUUAUACACAUUUAUUUGGUAUAAAUUCCUUUCAUUCAGG